UUACACCCGCUCUGAAACUUAAUGCCACAGUACAAAGGUAGCGGGAAAUAAGCAGUUAUUGUCAGAGACUUUAGCGUCCCCUUGGAGUCACAUUGCCCACUUUAUAUUGACAUGGAACCAGUCUAUCGGGGUCUGGGUCGCUGUCAGUGCUGUUUCUGGCUCGCAGUAGCCUUUGACAUUUUGGGACUGGUCGUACUUCUCAUCGGGGUUUUUGUGAACGUGUUUUUCUAUGACCUCCUCAUCUACGCAGGCGCCAUCGUCAUCUUUCUCAGUCUCGUCUGGUGGGUGUUCUGGUACUCUGGGAACAUCGAGGUGCCCCCGGCGGAGCUGGAGGAUGAUGUGGGAUUACUGAAAAAGGACAAGGGCGGUCUGAGCGGCAUCAGCGGCGCGCUGAGGCGCUUCUCCAGUCGCGUGUCCAGCGGCAUCAGAAACUCGUUCCGCAGGAACGGAGGACCGUCCGGUAGGCCUACCUGUGCCCGCGCGCAGAGGUCAGCCACCGGGGCUUCAGUGACCCCGCAGGCGGAACAGGUGGCUGUUUCCAUGGCAACAGUGAGCCCGCAGGAGAAUUUCCCGCACGCUGCUGUCUCCUCAGUGGCAGCCUGUACCAUUCAGAUGCCGCGCACAAGUACAGAGAUUUCACCUACAUAAUGUAGGCCGAGAGAUAUUUUUUUUAUUAUUACUUCCUUGCAGCACUGAACAAAGGAGAACCUGUCCUAUGCUCAGUUUUUUACUGUUUGUGUGUUUAACGAGAAAUUAUUCAUAGCUGAUCAAGAUAUCUGGAAGAAGAGUUAGCAGUUUUUGAGUUUAAGAGGACAUAAAUGUAAUGUUUUUUUAGUCAGUGUGUUAGAGUUCUGGCUGCUUGGAUUCAGUCUGUUUCAGAUCAAUACAGAUAGUUACAAUUUUAGGACAGAUUUGCAACAAUUCAUAAUGCGAUGACCAUAGCUCAAACAAGCACAAUUUCACAACAACUUCAUAGUUAUGUAUAGAGCCUGACUGAUACUGGGUUUUUGGGGCCGAUGCCGAUACCGAUUUUUAGGGAAUAAAAAAUUCUGA